GGAAGGCAAACAAGAAAACUGCUUUCACUACUUCCCAUUCAGCUCCAGCCGUGUGAAGCCCAGAUAGACGCAAGCUCUUCAGAGAUAGCAGAAAACAGGCUGCAGGCUGUACUGAGAUCAUACACAGAGCACAGCAAUGUUUGGUAUGAUAAGGAACUCACUUUUUGGAGGAGUAGAGGUUAAUAAUGGGACCCUGGUUCAGAAAGAAGAGAAGUCAAACAGACUAAAACCCGGUGGUCAAGUUGCCGGGAUCAAUUUCGUUGGGAGGUUACAAACAAAGUCCGGAGUGGGGAAGGAACCUAAAAAAAGGCCCUAUCUGUAUACUGCCCAGUUGCAGUUUUUGCGGCCAGUUAUGGAUUUGAGGCUUACUGUGGACAGUCUGGAUGCCAUAGAUGACUCCGAGACAGCGGGAAGUGAAAAACCGGCUGUUUUUUCGCCGGCAACAAGUCCAGCCCCAACGCCAGCAGAGGAGCCUGAAGAGUUGGCACUGGCCCAGCCCGCCCUACCAAUGGCGAGCCCAGAAAGAGGCCAGCAGCCACAGCCCAGGCGUCGCCGCCAUGUCCCUCUCUCUUCCUCUGGGCAAGAGAAUUGUGAAAUGAUUGAUGCACAAGUCAUAGAAUUCCUUGCCCAGAGGAGGAGUGAUGGCUUGGAGGAGGCAAUGUUAAGGGGACUAGGGCCAUUAAUGAAGCAGAUCACUCCGGAAAAGUACCAUGAGUGCCUGGCUUCUCUGGCCCUAGUCAUAAAAAUGUGUUCCUCCCCUUACCAGGGAGACAUAUAAAUGUAUUAAAGAAUGAAAUAUUAAAUGCUGCUCAGCAGCUGCAAACACGCAGCUAUCACCAGCCUCCCCAACCAACCCAAGGGCCACCCCCCCCAACCACCAUACCACUAUUCCAAAGACCCGACACAACAUGUGGGUCAGCCACAUUACCCGGGCACUUUGGCAACUGGGGCCACACAACAGGCGCAUGUACGGCCACGGUCUUCAUAUGGUCCUGGGUCAUUUACCCAAGACCUCUUAGAACUUUAAAAUAUGUUUCAAAAUGUUUUCUUAGAACUUUUUCAGUAUGUGUUUAUUAUUUCUGUACAUUGGUAUGGUUUUUG